CUCUCUCUCUCUCUCUCUCCCUCCUUUCCCUUUUCUUUCCUUUUCCUUUCAUACAUAUAUGCAAAAGAUAUCCAUCCCACUUCCCACUUCCCACUUCCUCCAUCCCCCCCCCCCCGAUCCCUCAUCCCUCCAGCCCUCUCCUCCUCCUCUCGUUCCAGCCUUUCUUUCCUUGUCUCUUAAUGCUGCUGCGGCUCACCUCCCAGCUCCAAUUCGUCAACCGGCCGGUGUGGCUGUAGAAGGGCGUUUGCGGGUGGAGGGGUCAGGGUCUUGCGUGGGAGGGGCGUGGGGAUAGUGGAGCCAGGGGUGGCAGCAGUCUCUAGGGAAGCGCAGCGCAGGACAGAUGGGGCCAUGAUUUUCUUGCCUCUUCCAGCACAAGGCCCCAGGGCAACCCGCCGAUUAUUCCCUACUUGGUCUCUGGUUCUGGCUCUGAUCAUCGUCAUUUCGGGCAUUGCGAUACUCGAGCCUUGCACGUUGUGGCAUUGGGUCCCUUGGUGGGGAAGAUGGGAAGAUGGGAGGAUCCAAAAUCCUCUUGGCUCUGCGCCAAUCAGCUCCGGCACAGCGGGAGGGGUGCAGGAAUCCGGCGCGCUAUUUCGUCGGAGAAUAUUCAAAACAUCUGCAGAAGCAGGAUAUUUAUUCCUCGUUGACGGGACAUGUUUUACGGACUGCGUCGUUGGGUGUGGUAUGGAGGCUCUGCCUUUUUUCCCUGAGGGAGUUAAGGAGAGAGAGAGAGAGAUACAGAGGAGAUGGGGCCAGAUAAUCAUGUCAACACAAUAAAAACUACUGAG